AUGGAAUAUAAGUUAGAGUUUUUGAGUUAUUUGCUUAUUUUAAAAAACAAAAAUGAAAAAAUAGCUAAAUACGAUAAUCUAAUUAAGACGUGUAUUAAUAUAUUCGAAAAAACUGUAAUAGAUGAAAAUGAUUUGAUAUAUUUAUUUGAAAAAAAUAUUUUAGAUAUCAAUCCUUCUAUUCGUUCUAUGUGCUGGAAAUUAGCAUUAAAUCAUCUUAGUUUAGAUACACAAACAUGGAAUAAAGAGCUUAUUGAAAAAAGAAAAUUGUAUGAAUAUUAUAUAAAAUAUUUUGUUAUCGACCCGCAAAAAAAUAAAAAUUUUAAUACUAAGGAAAACAAAGAAAAAGUAGACACAGUUUGUAACGAUGAUAACGAAUCUAAUGAUGACUUUUUGGAUUCUGAAUUGUUUAGUCAAAUUAAUAAAGAUACAUUUAGAACUAGGCCCGAAUUGUCAUUUUUCAAUUUAAACCCACAACAUACAAUUAAUAAUAAUAUCAACAUUCUCAAUAGAUUAAUUAACAUUGAAGACUAUGAAGAUGAAAACGAAGAAGUGCCAUUAUUAGUAAGCAUAUCCAAUGAUGGUAUAGAUAAAUUCAUGUGUGAUGAUAAUAAUAUAACGUUGGAACCAAAGGAUAAAAUAUAUAAUGACGUAAGUAAAGAAAAUCUCCAAAAUAUCAAUUAUUGUUUAGAAAGCAAAGAAAAAAACAAUUUGAAUAAUAUAAACGAUUAUAGCACUGAAAAUGAGAAGAAAAAUAAUAUGAAGCAAAUAAAAGAACAAAAUUCAAAUGGAUAUCCCAAUGUUUGUGAUAUUGUUAAUCCUAAAAAGCACUAUGAUCGAUUAUGCAGAAUAUUAUAUAUAUAUGCUAAGCUUCACCCUUAUGUUAAAUAUGUUCAAGGUAUGAAUGAAAUAUUGGCACCUUUAUAUUAUACAAUAUUUAACGAUCCUUUAUGUAAUUGCUUAUUACAAGGUGAAGCUGAUAUAUUUUUUUGUUUUAUUGAAUUAAUGCAUAGACAAAAAGAUGUUUUCUGUGAAGGGCUAGAUAAUACAGACAAUGGAAUAAAUGGGAAACUCAAAAAAUUUUCUCUUUUAUUAAAAUUUAAAGAAUAUGAACUAUGGGAAAAAUUAUACACGCUUAAAAUAGAAACACAAUAUUAUGCUUUCAAAUGGAUACUAUUAUUACUUACUCAAGAAUUUGAUAUAGCAGAUACUAUUAUAUUAUAUGAUCAAUUUAUUAUAAGUAAUAACGAACAUUUUAUUUUAUAUAUAUGUUUAGUUAUUUGUAUGAAAUUAAAAAAUACUUUAUUAUGUGGAAAUUUUACUGUUAACUUAAAGCUGCUGCAAAAUAUACCACCUUUUGAUCCGUAUGAUUUAAUUUGUGAAGCUAAAAAAAUUAUGAAAAAUGAUUAUAAAAAUAAACAAUUUAUUACGGAUAUUUAUGACAGUUAUGUUCAUGAAAAGAAAAAAAUGAAAGCUUUAGAUUCUAUAGAAAGUAGUAAUGCACAUGAAUACGAAACCCCGAUUUUAAAUUAG